AUGGCGCACGGCCAACUUGCAGCCAGCACUCCGGCGACACGGUUCUGGGAGCAGGCCCUCCCCGGCACGACGAUGCCGGAGGUCAUAGCAGAUUUUGUUCAGAAAGGGAUCGAUCAGUCACCGCUUGUGGAGCACUACUCUGCACAUCCCAGUAUCAGCAUGUGCACACUCUUCAACACUAUCUGCGACCCGCAGAUGGUGGCAGAGACCGGCAUCUACUUCCACGAGGCCCAGCUACAUCCGGGCAGCACCAUGACCCUCUCCUUCCCGGCAGAGGUGGAGAUACCCAUCCUCCCGCACAACGUUGCCGACAAGGUCCCCUUCAACAACCUAAGCGACGUCCUCGCCACGUUCCACAUCUCACCAGGCUCCGUCGAGGCGACCCAAGUGGAGGACACCCUGCGCAAGUGCCGUGAGCCACCGCUCGCCGGCGAGGCGAAGGCCUGCACCACGUCCCUGGAGAGCACCGUGCAGGCCGCCAUGGAUAUGCUCGGCACCACCACCAGCCAGCUGCAGGGUGGUGGUGGUGGUGACUACGUGUGGGCGGCCACGUCGGCUCUCCCGCGCGGUGGCCUGCUGCCACGCCGGCAGUACGUGGUGCAGACAGUCACCCCACUCGUUGGCAGCCGCUACGUGUCCUGCCACAAGGUGCCAUUCCCGUACGCCGUCUACCAGUGUCACGUUACGAACAGGGGGUACAAAGCCUACAUGGUCUCGCUUAGCGGCCGCCACGAGGGUCCGAUGGUUUCCUUGCUGGCGUUCUGCCAUUUCGACACCUCCUGCUGGAACCCGAUGCACCCAGCGUUCCAGAUACUGAACACUCACCCUGGUGGCGGUACGCCGGUGUGCCACUUCAUGUCGUACGGCAAUCUGGCGUUCGUCAAGAAGGCAGGCACAGCCUAG